CCGCAGCCCGGGCCGCGCCCGCCCCGCCUCUCAGCGCCGGCCCCGGAGCCCGGUCCGCGAGCGGCGGCGGCGGCGGCGGCGGCGGCAGCGGCCGGAGGGACGAUGAGCGGCGCGGCGCGGGCGGGCCCGGCCCGGCUCGCGGCGCUGGCACUGCUGACCUGCAGCCUGUGGCCGACGCGGGCGGACAACGCGAGUCAGGAGUACUACACGGCGCUCAUCAACGUGACGGUGCAGGAGCCCGGCCGCGGCACCCCGCUCACGUUCCGCAUCGACCGCGGGCGCUACGGGCUCGACUCACCCAAGGCCGAGGUCCGCGGCCAGGUGCUGGCACCGCUGCCCAUCCACGGAGUUGCUGAUCAUCUGGGCUGUGAUCCUCAAACACGGUUCCUUGUCCCUCCUAAUAUCAAACAGUGGAUCGCCUUGCUGCAAAGAGGAAAUUGUACCUUUAAAGAGAAAAUAUCACGGGCAGCUUUCCACAAUGCAGUUGCUGUAGUCAUCUACAAUAAUAAAUCCAAAGAGGAGCCGGUCACCAUGACUCAUCCAGGCACGGGAGAUAUUAUUGCUGUCAUGAUAACAGAAUUGAGGGGUAAGGAUAUUUUGAGUUAUCUGGAGAAAAACAUCUCUGUACAAAUGACAAUAGCUGUUGGAACCCGAAUGCCGCCAAAGAACUUCAGCCGUGGCUCUCUAGUCUUCGUGUCAAUAUCCUUUAUUGUUUUGAUGAUUAUUUCUUCAGCGUGGCUCAUAUUCUACUUCAUUCAGAAGAUCAGGUACACAAAUGCUCGCGACAGGAACCAGCGUCGUCUUGGAGACGCAGCCAAGAAAGCCAUCAGUAAAUUGACAACAAGAACGGUUAAAAAGGGUGAUAAGGAAACAGACCCAGACUUCGAUCACUGUGCAGUCUGCAUAGAGAGCUAUAAGCAGAAUGAUGUUGUUCGGGUUCUCCCCUGCAAGCAUGUUUUCCACAAAUCAUGUGUGGAUCCCUGGCUUAGUGAACACUGUACCUGUCCUAUGUGCAAACUUAAUAUUUUGAAAGCCCUAGGAAUUGUGCCAAAUCUGCCAUGUACUGAUAAUGUAGCAUUUGAUAUGGAAAGGCUCACCAGAACCCAAGCAGUUAACCGAAGAUCAGCCCUCGGUGACCUUGCCAGUGACAGUUCCCUUGGCCUUGAGCCACUUCGAACUUCGGGUAUAUCGCCUCUUCCUCAAGAUGGGGAGCUCACUCCUAGGACGGGGGAAAUCAACAUUGCAGUAACAAGUGGGCACUUCUUUCACCGGGACUCCCUGUCACCUCGUAGCCUGGUGUACGAAAGUGAAUUCUCCACAAUCGAACCAUCCUUGGACAUGUAUGAUGAGAACAAAACCUGAUUUUUUUUAAAUGGGCUGCUGGGGGUCUCUCCUUUUGAGAUUUGAUUUAUGGUCACCUUUCUUUUGUAUUUUUCUGUCAUCGUCCGUUUUGGAAGAAUGGCAGGUACCUCUGGGUGCAAGAUGGGGUUCCGAGUUAAAUUGCAGAGUUCUCCCAAGGUGAGGUUUGAGGACAAAGUUAUUGCCCAGGAGAGCCUCUGGUACUGAAUACUCACCCAGAGCCAACCACUGAGCAUGGGCACCCCAUGACCCUUGCCGUUUCCAGAGAAGAGAUGGGGCCAGGAGCUAAUGAUGCGUUUGUUGCAAAUGUGUCCAUGUCCCCAAAUAGUCACACAUUGUUCUGUGUCAGGGUGGCAUUGGUGUUUUGUAAAAUAUAUCUGUGAUCCUCACAUGCACACAAAAGCCUGCAGAUAAAAUGUCCCACCAAUACAGAAUAUGAGUCAUGGCUCUUGGACCCGCUUCACUUUGUCCUCUGUCCCUUACUGUAUUUCCUGGUAAAAGGCCUCUUCCUAGAGAAGAUUCAUCUUCCUUUCGCCCUCUAGACUCGGACAGCCUGUUGUCCUCCAGAGCUUGGAGGACACAGGCCACGGGGCCAGAGUCAGCUGUCACAGGAUCAGACAGUUAUCUGUUUUGUCACUUUCCAGCAUCUGUGAUGAGCACGACAUAGGAUGACAAGUAUUUACACAGACGCUGGACAUGGAAGGCAUCUGUCCCCACUGCCUGUGAUGUAUAUGGGGAGGUGGCACCAGGAACCUAGCACGAUGACCACAUGGGACAAGGCUAACAGUCAUCAACACCAGAAUAGUUUUCAAUGUUUUAUUGGGAAGUACAAACCAACAUCCUAUUAAAUACCAAAUGGGGGACCCUCCUCCAUCUUGAUUGUCUAGUCCAGUGCUAUUCUGACAGCAUCAGUACCAACAUGAAGAGACACUGGAGUGCUGGCAGCCAGUGGUGGACACUGGGGACAUAUGUGUUCAUCCCACACAUCCAGAAUGACAUCAACUUAACUAACAUACAAGAAACUUGUGGCCUACCGUGUGAGACCAGGAUGAGCAAAUCAUCUCCUUUCUAUAGAAGCUCCUGCCACAGACAGCCUGCUUCUCACCAGAGCUGUGAAGAUGGUCAGAUCCUGGUUAGGAGAAUGCAGCUCCAGCAUCCAGACAUGUGUGACACACGGGCAGCUGGGGAGGCUCCCACCCCGUCACUGUUACUGGCUCUGUGGGUCGUAGGUUUGGGGCAUGGGUGUGCCAUCUCCACACAUGUGGCUGCCUCUCUCUCACAGCAUCUUGUGACAUAUGUCACUAAGAUCCCUGAGGUGCCCUCAGAGAACCUUAGUGCUGAUGGCCUGUAAGGACCUGGUCACAGGGUGGGCCCACAUACUGCGCUUGAGUAAUCUAAGGCUGGAACGGGGCCGACCUCUAAGGUCCUCACUGCUUUCACUCUUCACUGCUUACAAGGGCUUUCGUCUUUCCUUUUUAUAGUCUUUGUACUAUAAAAAUAUUUUUGAUAAAGUUUCAGUAGAUUAUCGUUCUGAAAGACAGGUUCUCAGUGAGAGCAUUCUCGACAGGAGAGUAGACUGCCCAGGUCCAGAGGCUCGGACGGAAGUGUUUGGUGUGGCAGACUAGGCAGACGCUAUUAAUUGUCAUGUCGUAGGUAGCCGAGCCUUGUUUUCUCCAUAACCAAAACUCGGAUCCCAGUGAAUCAUUUUCUUCAGGUCUCAACAGUCUAUAAAGGCAAAUACUUUAAAUUCCACUCUAGACAAUUUCUUUACUAAAAAAAGAAGAAGAAGAAGAAGAAGAAGAAGAAGAAGAAGAAGAAGAAGAAGAAGAGAGGAAGGAAGGAAGGAAGGGAAUUGCUUGGGGGAAAAUCUUUAAAUUGAGUCCUCUAAAAUUGGACUGAGACAGUGUUUGAAUCCCUGGGAAAUCACGUGGUCACUGGAGGGCAUUCAAGGAGGCGGACCUUAGAGGGGGUUUCUCAGAAUAGUGCUCCAGAUACCAGGUUAACCCCUUUGCCUGAAAACUGGGGCCACCUUCAACUCAGCUCCAGAAUGUCCUGUCUUCAUCAGGAGGGGACUGGCUUCUUUGUUGAGGGCAUGUGCUUUGGGAGGACAGAAGGUAAUGGCUUCCUGCCAGCACUUGUGAUGAGGCUACUCCGGUGAAUCUACCCAGGUCUCCAGGUGGAGCAGGCUGCAGAACCAUUACCUGCACAUGCCACAGAAGACACACCCAGCAGGAUCUACAGCCUUCGGCAGCCUUAGCUGUGGACCCCAGCAGCGUGAACACAAAGGCUUAAGCUUUCGAGAUGCCCAGCUCCCUGUGGAGGAGCCACUCUGGGCCAGUCACUUCCGGAGAAAGGAGAGCUGACUGGCUGGAUGUCUAAAUGUGAAGUCUCUGGAGGGUCUCUGGAAAUAAUGAGUGCAUCCAUCCAGGGUCUUACCUUUGCUCCCCUCCUGGGAAAACAGGCUCUACCAUCAACAGUUUCAAGCUCUUCCCAAGGCCCCUACGCCUUGCUUUUGAGUCAGGCUCCAUCUCCUGGCCUCUCUUGUCAUUCCCUCACAGGAACAUCUACAAGGCACGUCCCUGAACCACAGUCCAUCCUGAAGCUGAGUCUCUGCUUCCCAACUGCCCUGAUGCGUGACAGCCCCAGAUGCCAAAAAGGCAUUAAGCAAAAUACUAUUGAAUUUUACUGAUUGGUGCAUCCUAUGGACUUUAUAAGUCUUCCUAGUUUUAUCACCCCUCACCGGCAGGCACACUUUCACUGAUCUGUGUGCUAAAUGACACCGAACUAAGGAAAAAUCCACAUGUUCUUUUGCUGUCAACCUUUACUGUAGGGGACCUUAUUUGCUAUAAGAACACAGGACUAUGAUUUUACAUCAGGGUCCUCCCGACAAGGGGUCACUGCUCAUAAACGUCAGGAAGGAAGCUGCCAAAUUUAAGACUAGGAUCAUGGAGUUAAUUUUGUCAAUAGUCUUUUUUUUAUUUUUAUUUAUUUAUUUAUUUUUUGAGACAUGGUUUC